UUGACUGCAGGACACAAACUCCAGUAGAACUUCAGUCGUAGCGGUGUUGAGGUAAUUUUGGCGAGGGGUGGGGACGAAGUGAGGUCAAAUAACCAUUUAAUGUUUGGAUGUUAGAAGUUUACAUCAGCGUGAGGCUAAACAAGCGCCGAUCUGUGUCCAGGGCACCAUGCUGGUACUCUACCCAGUGGUCCUUGUCUGCUGCUCUCUUGUAGGUGGAAUGGCAAAGCAGGGUGCAGUAUCUUCCAAAUCAGGGGUUCCCAGGGAUGGGCAUGAGGAUCAAGGCCCCCCGCACCUCUUGCGACACCACCGCACAGUCUUCACAGAAAGCGGGUCGAUCUGCACCUUUCCCUUCCGGUAUGGAGGCAAACUGUAUCGGACUUGUGUGCUGAGCAAGCAGACGGGUAAAAAAUGGUGUGCCACCACCCCUAAUUACAACAAGGACAAGCAAUGGGGCUAUUGUGAAGGAAUCCAGCCUCUAGCACACGAUUAUUGUCAGGACCAUGCUUGCUGGCAUGGAGGUGUCUGUGUUAAUAAUCCCAGCAACCAGAACUAUACGUGUAUAUGCACCGAUCCGUUCACAGGAGAGUUCUGUGAGAAAGAGAAGUGUUUUGAAAGACGACAUCUGAGGUAUUACAACAUUGGAGAAACAUGGACUCGAAUCCUUCACAAUGACGUCGAAAGAUGUUCCUGUACUGAAGAUGGGAUUCAUUCGCAAGUCUUGAACUCAAAAGACUGUGGGACAAACCCAUGCCUCAACGGUGGAAUGUGCCGGGAAAUUCAGGCCACUGGGGAGAGAGUGUGCUCCUGUAGUGAUGGCCAUGCGGGGAAGAAGUGCGAAAUAGAUUCUGCCUCUGACUGCUACAAAGACAAUGGGAGCUCCUACCGAGGGACGGCAAAGCAGACUGCCUCAGGGACCGACUGCCUGCAUUGGUCGUCCAACUUCAUAAGCCUGGAGUUUGACCUCAGAAGCCUGGAGGACCCUCUCAGCUUGGGUGUGGCUGACCACCCUUACUGCAGAAACUUAGACAAUGACGAGAAGCCGUGGUGUUACACGCUGAUGAAUGACACUGUCUCCUGGGAUUAUUGCACAGUUCCACAAUGUCCAGUACAAGAUCCCUGCCUUUCAAAUCCCUGUCAAAACAGAGGGACUUGCAUCAGAGAUACUCGCCAGAAAUCUUACUACUGUCAGUGCAGAGUUCAAUUCUCAGGGGUUAACUGCCAGGAAGAAGCGUGCCUGGAGAAUACCCACCACAGGUACUUCCGCAUCGGAGAAAGAUGGAACCGAUUUGUCAACGACAAAGUUGAAAGCUGUGUGUGUGCCGAGAGUGGGCCAGAGUGUCAAAGCGUCGCAUAUAAAGAUUGUGAGGUCAAUCCAUGCCUCCAUGGUGGUGAAUGUCGAUCAGUCCAGGGCACUGGAGAGGUCAUUUGUGGGUGUCGCAAUGGCUUUGUGGGGAAAUACUGUGACAUAAAUAAGAACAAACACUGUUAUGAGGACAAUGGGAGGACUUAUAAAGGCACUGAGGACAAGAGUGAAACAAACAUCGAGUGCAUGCCUUGGAAGGAGGACUUCAUGCGAAACAAGUUGAACAUCAGUAGCUUGGAAGAGGCUCUCCAGUUGGGACUGGGUGACCAUUCCUACUGCAGAAACCCAGAUGGGGAUAAAAGGCCCUGGUGCUACAUAAAGUUGGACAACCAUAUAUCCUGGGAGCACUGUGACAUCCCAAAGUGUGGUACAGUAAGCAUUCUCCCGAGGAGACCUCCUGCAGUUGCGAGGCCGAUGACGACGAGCCUUCUGAGGCGACAACCCUCGUGCGGGGAACGGCUCCGCAAGGUCUUCAUUCCGAGGGUUGUCAAAGGGUCCGCAGCGAUGCGAGGUUCUCACCCUUGGAUUGCCGCCAUUUACAUGGGCAAGUCCUUCUGCGGUGGGACUCUCGUAGCUCCAUGCUGGGUCGUCUCUGCCGCCCACUGCUUCCUGCACAGUCCACUGGAGUCAUCCAUCCGAAUUGUGUUGGGCCAACAAUAUUUUAAUAAAACUGACAAGAACACUCAGGAAUUUGAAGUCCAGAAAUACAUUUUACACCACGACUACACUGCGUAUGAAGAAAAUGUACACGAUAUAGCCCUUAUCAAACUGAAGAAGGUGUCAAAUCAGUGUGCAAUCAAGUCACGCUAUGUGCGGCCAUUGUGUCUACCAAGUGCAACCGACAUCUUCCCAGCAGGCUCCAUGUGCCAGAUCGCUGGAUGGGGACACACCAAGGAAGGUGCUUCUGAAUACGCCAAGAUUUUGCAGGAAGCCUCGGUCCCCAUCAUUUCCCAUCAGCAGUGCAUCAGCAGCCUCGACUAUGGCAGUGAAGUGACACCCAACAUGAUCUGCGCUGGAGACCUCAAUAAAGGCAUCGAUACCUGCCAGGGAGACUCUGGAGGACCACUGAUGUGCCACAAGGACCACAUCGGCUAUCUGUAUGGAAUCGCCAGCUGGGGAGAGGGCUGUGCUGUGAAAAAUAAACCAGGUGUCUACACAAAAGUGCCCAGAUAUGUCGACUGGAUCUACAGUAAAAUCAAAAGCAGGCCAAAAUACACCAAAGGCUGAAGAAACUGAGUCUGCACUUUGCUGAAACAAUGAAUCUAACUACAUUCUCCCUCACCCCCCCCCCCCCCAACAUUUCUGUGAAACGAGUCCAUGAAAUUACUUUUAUUGCUUAAUUAUUCAAAUCUGAAGCUUGGAGCAGACACUGGCAAAUUAAAUUUUAAUUCCAUGCUGGACUGGGGUUGCUAAUGGGACUGGGGUCUUUGGGAAUUAAGGAAUCGAUGUCCAAACCAAAGCCACAAAUGCAUUUUAGGAGAAAAGUUAUAGAAUAAUUAAAAAUAUUUUUUCUUGGAAUACUUUUGUUUUAUUUUUUACUAAAAAUAUUGGGAAUGGGAAUUAAAACACCAUCUCUGUGAUUAAAACCAAUUUGAAAAUAAAAAAGAUACUGUAGAUACUGAACUAGAAAAAGAAAAUAUUAAAAACACUCAACAGGUCAGUCAGCAUCUGAGGAGAGAAAUGGUUAAUGUUUCAGGUGAAAGACCCUUUGUCAGAAGUGGUCAGGUCAUUAACUCUGGUUCUCUCUCCACUGAUGCUGCAUGAUCUGCUGAAUGUUUCUGAGUGCUGACACCGAGUUUCAACCCAAAACGUCGACAAUUCCUUCCGCCCCCUCCCACAGAUGCUGCUUGACCCCCUGAGUUCCUCCAGCAGAUUGUGUGUUGCUCCAGGUUCCAGCAUCUGCAGCCGUUUGUGUCUCCAUUUUCUGCUUUUGUUUAAAGUAACUUGUUUUCCUCCGCCGGUUGUUGACCUGAAACAUUAACUCUGUUGCUCUCUCCACAGAUACUGCCUGACCAGCUGAGUGUUUCCAGCAAUUUCUUUUUUUAUAAUUUCAGAUGUCCAGCACCUGAAUUUUAAAAUUUUUUUAACACAAGCUGGGUUGUUUUGAUGUACUGCUUGGUGGGAGGCAAAAGUUACGAAAUACAACCUCCAGGAAUACAUGUGACCAAGAUAAAGUCAAAGUCAAGUUUACUGUCAUCUGCACGAGUCCAUGUGUGCAGAGGUGCAAUGAAAAACUUACUUGCAGCAGCAUCACAGGCUCAUAGUGAUUACACAAGUGGUGGUAUCUAUGUAGAAUGAGCUGCCAGAGGAAGUGGUUGAGGCAGGUACAGUGACAACUUUUAGAACCAUAGAACCAUAGAACAAUACAGCAUAAUACAGGCCCUUCAGCCCAUCAUGUUGUGCCACCCUUCAAACCACACCUAAG